AUGCGUCUUACUUUGAGCCUGCUAUCAGUUGCGAGCGUUGCUCUCUGCGUUCCUUCUCUCUGGUUCGCUCGGGGUGAAGACUGGAAAUUCGCUCUUGGAUGGGACGGGAAGACUACCACACCCGCCCAGCUGGAUCCCAGUAACGUGAUCAAGCCCACACCUGGUAGACCUGCAGCGGCGGCCGUUUCGGGAGGAGUCUACUUUUGCACAGAUGCGGAUUGGAAGGGUCGGUGUCUCUAUGUUGCUGGUUUCAAAGAUAAUCAAUGCGUGAACUUUGGAACCGAGUUCAGCGACAAGGUCACCAGCUUCGGUCCCGACAAGGGACUAGCAUGCUUACUCUGGAGCGAGUGGGACUGUAAGGGUACGAACCCUGGAGGAUGGUUGGUUCACAAUGGCAAGUGA